AUGACUCUCCUGCAAAAUGAUGAGAGUGUAGCCAUUCAAUCUGAGACGCAUUCUGGUGUUUUAAGCUUGAUACCCAAACGUCAGAUUGCUGACUUGACUGGUAGUCCAAGAGCCCAAAUUUCAAGAUUACAAGAGCUUAUACCACUUGAAGUACCAAGAAAUGUCAUUGUGGAUCAAUUGCAACAGAAAACUCAAGUAAAGAAACAAAUUGGGAAUCGACAAGUUCCAGUACAAUCUCAAGUAAAACAAGGUCGGAAAAAUGCUUUUUCUUUGUCUGAAUCCAUUGAGCUUAUGAAAAAGUUGAAACUUGUCACACCGGACGAGUAUGAAGAUGCAGAACUUCAUGGCGAUUUCAAACACGUGAUGUAUAUUUUAAUUCCAUCCAAUGCUACAACUGCACUCCUAGAACGUCGUGGUCAGCCAAUUCAAACCAUUAGCCAGCAAACAGGUUGUACACUAUCAGUACGUGAACCAGAUGCGUCACCAUUUAAAGAUGAUCGCUUGCUUCGCAUUUAUGGAAAACCCAAGUGCAUCAGCUUAGCUCAACGACUUGUCAUUGCGUACAUUCGAGUAUUUCGAGCGGAGAAAAAAGAUCCGAUUUAUAUGGAUCUGUCAGACGAAACUUUACCGAUUGCACUACCCGCAACAUCUAUUACAAAAGCCAUGAGCGUCGCUGUCACUGCCGGAAAGAAAAGUGAGGUGGAAAUUACAAAUCCGUUUCGUUGGAUGGUACAGCGUGAAGAUGUUGGCAAAAUGAUGGGGAGGCAAGGAUGCAUCCUAGCAUCGAUCCGUCGUGACACGGGUGCAUCGAUCCGUAUAGAAGAUGACGUAGUUCCUGGUACCACGGAACGACGGGUGACUUUAAGUGGGUCUGUCGAAUCUAUUGCUGCUGCGGUCGAAAGAAUUAAAAGCAAGUCUAACGGACGUCCUGAAGAAGCAGCAAGCGUGGUGAACGGUGGACACGGACAGUAUUUUGCCAUUCCGUACUAUGCUGCAGGUUGCCUCAUAGGUCCUCAAGGCUCUACUAUCAAAAACAUCACCGAGCGCACAGGCGCCCGACUACAAAUUCCUUCAGCAGAGGACCUACCCUUGGGAAGUAUAAACCGUAUUCUCCAUGUCCAAGGCACUUCCAAACAGACUGAGCACGCUCAACGAAUCGUUCGUGCCAAGCUGCGAGACUUCUUGGUCUCUUCGACGAACCCAAAAAGUUUGAGUCUUUCCUCAACCGGUCUAAAAGGCGACAAAGUCACUAUUAAGGUUCUCCUGUCGUCCAGAAUUUGUGGAUUUAUGCUAGAUCAACGAGGCAAGCUUAUCCGUGAGAUCUCCAAGAAGUCUGGUGCUCACACUCACUUCUUAGCCUCGCAUAAUGAUGGCAACCGGGUUUGUGUUUUCACUGGCGAUAUGAGCUGUGUACUUCGCGCGCAACGUCUGGUUUUGCAGGUGAUUGCAGGAGACGUUAUUUCUUCAAAGCGGAACCGAAAGCGGAAACGUUUACAUCGAGACGAAGAAAAAGUUGAAGAAAAUGAUAAACUUGUGGAUGAUAAACUGGUGGAGGAGGAUAUGAAAGACGAGAAUCCUUAUUACGAGGGCGACGUAGAAGAAGAAACCUGCUACGGUGACGAGGAGAAAGAUGCCCUCGGAUGCCCUGUCAGACGGAGAAAUGAACGUCGGCAGCCAAAUCGCCGUCUUCGACACGAAUACGAAGAGAACGAAGAAGACAUGUACAUAUAUGAUGACAGCACAGAGUAUGAAGUGCGUCCACGCCAGCCGAUACGCCGACAACCGGUAGUCGUUCGUUCCCGCGGGUAUUUUGAGGAUGAAAGCGGUGUUGAUGAUUAUAUUCUUGACGAGUAUGAUCGUAAUGAACGUAUAAUGUACGAUGUGCCUCGAUCUCGGCCAUCAAUGAGACCGAUAGUGGUGCGCCGACAGCCUGCUACCAGGCCUCGGGACGAGUACGACGACGAAGAGGAUGACGACGAGUACGGCUAUGAGGACGACAGCGAUGGUUUGUAUGAAAACGCAAUUGUCGGGAAGCAAGUGGUAGAGCGACGACCGAUUGGCAUUAGGCAGCGUCGACCGAUUGCAUGUCUUGGCCGAAAAGUGCAAAUGGUAGCCCCAAAUUCACGUCCUCAAGAAGAACGAUCUAGAACGAGCUCAACUACUCGACGUUGCACGGAUGGUACUGGCAGUGCUCGUCUUAGAUGCCGCAACGGGAGCGCAAACGUGCGUCAUAGCGUCUCUCGGGGUGGAAAUGGAGAUGGUCGUCCAAGCACCAGACGCCGUCACGGAAAUGGCAACACACGUCGUCAAAAGUGA